AUGGCGGCGUCCACUGGAUUUACAAUUACUGCGUAACUGUUUUUUUUUUCAUGAACAUAGCGGCAUGGAUGAAAGGAUUAUUCGUUUGUGUGAAGAAAACAAUGUGACCUCUCUCGUUCAGGCUCUGUCAUCACUGAAAAGUCAAAAGGUAAGAAUGCUGCAGCGGUAAAUGUCAGUAUUGUGGAAUACCGAUUUUUCGAACCCUAAAGCUUAAAAGAGAAAUGAAAAUUGGUUCGGAAAAAGGGGAGUUCGAAAAAUCGGUGGUGACAUUGAGUCACUCCUGUUUUACCAUAUUGUUGUCUUAUUAGAGCCAAGAAGGCCUCAGACAGCAACGGUAUUUAUUAUGUGUGAAAGGUUUGAACCCAGGAGUCAUUUCAAAAGGUUGAGUUUGAUGGGCAGCACUAAAACAUGGAAUCCGGGAAACGGAAACGGAAUCACGGAAACGGAAACGGAAACGGAAUACGGAAUCAAAUAUCAAUGAUAGUAAAUUAAAGAAUUUCACAUUACACAAUUUAAGUACAAUCCAAAGAGAAUUUGUCUUAGUUUUCUUGGCAGUUCCCUUAAAUAUAUUCUUGUUGGGGGUCUUGAUAAGGUUUGCCGUAGUGUGGGUUACUGCACUGCAAGGCUGGUGAAAGUAAUUUUGCGAGUAAUGUUUAUUCACGAGUUCAUGGGUUGAAUAAUACAGUUAAAUAUUACUUUUGUAGCUAAUUGUCAAGAAUAGAUAACAAUUAUUCACCGAAGUGGAGGUGGCUAGUCCUGGAUAUUUACCGAACUGCGAAGCAGUGAGGAAAAUAUCCACGACUAGCCACCGACACUGAGGUGAAUAAUUGUUUUAGUAUAUACUAAAACAGUGAGAUAAUUGAGCACAAAAAUGACGAUUUUUAACUCAAAUACUGUUGCCAACGAUUACAAUUUUGGCGCGUAAUGACCGGGCGGCCGCGGCCGUCGCUUUUUCUUGCUGACAACUAAAACUUUUGAAGGCAUUUGUUUAGCUCUUACGGGGAAAUUUCUUCAAAAGGAGUUGUGAAUUCUUUUUGUAUUUAAAAUCAUUCUAUAAAAAAAGAUAUUUAAAUUUAGUUUUAAGCUUAUUUACAACUCAACGAAAUAAAGUAAGCAAGACUUAAGCUUAAUUUGCAUUUGUAAACAAUAAACUUUUUCGCCGGUUUCAUCAAUAAAUUCCUGUCAAAAAGACAAAGCGUUACCUGAUAAAACGUCCAAUCCGAACUUCGUCACCUUCUUCGUGUAUUUCGGAAACAGCUUGCUUGAUUAGUUGUGAAAUUUCUUUGUCUUUUUACGGCAGCAAACCGGAAGGCAUUUUGCUUGCAACUUACACGAGUUUGGCGUCGCUCGUUCCGAGGUACUGGAGGUGAAUCAGUGAAUAGUGCAGAAUAUUCACUGAUUGAGUAGCCAAUCAGAGCGCGCGAAAAACACUAUCCACUGUUUUAGUAUAUACUAAUAGUAAUUAGCCUCAGACCACACCACGUGAUUGUCCCCAAACUGAAUACUCCACACAUGACCGACCAGUGAUGUGACCACAGUUCCGGUGUUUUAGCAAUAAGUUCAACUUUUUCGCCAAGCUGAAUACUGAUGGAAUACUGCUGUACCGGUAACUGAGUUUACGUGGACGUCCGUAUUUUUGUUGAAGAAGCUUAUUAAACAUGGCGCAUUAUUUUGAUGUAAUCGGUUGCAGAAUCAAGCAAAUGCACAAUUCUCCCUUCUCUGUGGACUCCACAAUGCCAUGGUUCUCUUGAGUAAGUUGUCUUGACAAAUAAAACUGAACACUGUUGAAGACAAGCCACAAAAGACAAAGAGAAAAACUUGAAGGCGACGCCUGUCAGUUAUAUAACGCCUGUGACGAUUCAAACGAAGUUUGUCUCCGUAUAACUUAUCUUUUUCUUAAGGCACUAGUUUUUGUCAGUAACGUUUUUCUCUUCGCUUUGCUGUCCCAUGAGAAUUUGCAGUCAUUGCCGAUAGUGUUAUCAAGCGUCUUUUCACCGGAAUCGACUUCAAUAGUGAUACAGCAGUCUCCUCUCCUCUACUCAGCAAAUUUAUUCAUUUGUGUCUUUUUUUUAAUCUGUUUAUUUAUUUUACUGUCAUUGCUAAUAUUCUUUUUUCAAAUCGAUUGCUUGCAACCUUCUUUCAUAGAUUCUGUAUUCCGUUUCCGUUUCCGUGAUUCUGGGCGCUUUCCAUUUAGUCAAAAUUUCCAGAAUUUCCGGUUCGGCGGUAAAUGGAACACGUUUCGUCGGCUCGUCCCACUGGAAAAUUCCCAGAAAAAGUAGAAAAUCUAAAAAGGUGGUCCCGUUUUCCCGGUUGGAAUUUCCGAACGGAAUGUCGUGUUCCAUUUACGUUUCUCGUAGUUUGUACCAGUUCCAGGUCCACGGUCGGGCACCACCACGUACCGGGGUUUACGACCAAAUGGAACAACUUUUUACCAAUCGGAAAUUCCACUUUUCCUAUCACUGAAAUUUCCGGGGUUUUUUCCUAAAUGGAAAGCGCCCUCUGUUUCCGUUUCCGGAUUCCGGAUUCCAUGUUUUAGUGCUGCCGAGUUUGAUCGUCCGGGUGAACGUAGUCCUGAAUAGGACUGUUGUUGUUGACAGUGACUGACGUUUCGACAACCUGUGCGGUAGUCAUCUUCAGAGUCAAAGUGAGUUGUAUCACGUCAGUUGAUGGUAUUAUACUCUGGUUGUAUAGAUCUGAUUGGUCAAUCAGAUCAUAACCAGAGUAUAAUACCAUCAACUGACGUGAUACAACUCACUUUGACUCUGAAGAUGACUACCGCACAGGUUGUCGAAACGUCAGUCACUGUCAACAACAACAGUCCUAUUCAGGACUACGUUCACCCGGACGAUCAAACUCAGCCUUUUGGUAUUUAUUAUAGCACUGACCUGCUUGUCAAAACAAAACAAAACCUCAGAAAACCAAUAAGCUUACUGUAAGUAAGCUUAAUUUUAUUUGAUUUACAAGUGAUUGUAGUAAUUGCAAGCGAGUGUCUUUUUUUCCCUACUAUUUAAUCUUUACUUAGCUCUGAUUUUUUCAAGUGCUAUUUAUAUUUUCAUCAUUUUCUGAAUUAUGUUUAUAUAAACAGGUUGUGGAUCUUUUUGAGGCCAGAGCUUUAGAGGGAAGGGGUGAACCAGUUCCCUAUCUCAAAGCUGUAUUCAAAGGUUAGUAGACUCUUAGCUUAUACUGUUAGAUCAUAUUUCAAAUUCUCAUAAAGCAGGAGUUUUGCCUGCGAUAGCACACAAUUUCAUUGGUUACUUCAAGGUCACAUGACAUAAUAUAUAACUCUGAGUGGGCAGAUGGUGAAUAUGUAUAUACAUAUGAAUAUUAAUCCUCAACAGCUAUGCACAAACUAUUUUUUUUUUUGUACUAUAGGUUCACCCUGUGACACUAAAGUUGGUUUAGAAAGGCGUACCAUUGUGUUUAAGCAUGCUAUUCAAGUACUUAAUGAUGGUGACGUUAGUAACAAGGUAUUUGCCACAAGAUUGUACUUUGUUUUGGUUGAGUUUAGAAUGAAAAAAAUUUCAACUGAGUGUGCCCAACUGAAAAUGCAGCCCCAAGUGGAGCGUGAGUGAAAUUUUAAGGGAUUUGUAUAAAGCUUGGUAACUGCCCCAAGAUUUCCUUGCCUACUUGUCAAAAUGGCAUCAAAAACCGUGACAAGGUCACGAUGUAUGUAAUGCUUCUGCUACCUACAACUAGCCACUCCAACACGUCAUGUGUUUCUAUUCCAUUGCCUCACUUUACAAAUAACAACAUUGAAAAAAAAGGAAACAAGUUAAAAAAGACUGUAAGCACAAGGCGAGAAAACAAUGGUGGAUGACUCUACUUGUCUCACCUUUUUUGGCAGGUUGCCUCUGAGGUUGUGGGAUUUUUGCUCAUGGAGGUAAUGUAUACAAAAUUAAACAAACAGAUAAUAACGGUAAUUUCUUUAUAAACUAAGGGCACUUUCUGUUUGUCAGAGCUGACCGGCCAGACCAUUCCCGUUACAAUGAGAAUUUCACUCUUAAUCAAUACUAUCCAGCCAGAACAUUCAGAAUCCUAAAUAGUAUGCAAGAAAAAGUUGUUUUGUUCAGCAAAACUCUUGGGAAAAGCCUAUUUCAUAGUCAAAAUGACUGGUCCUUCAUAGUUGGGCUAGCCAGUUCUGACUUUUGGAAACUGUCCUAAGAAGCCUACAAAGGCAGGUCACAAAAAAGAAUAUUUGAAAGUGAAUGAAUGGCAGUACAUUGCAUGUUCAGGGUGCAAAGGAAGUCAGUUUUACAGCUUGCCACUUGGACAAGCUGUAGCCUGUGUGUACUAGCCCAAGAGUUAUUUUAACUGGUCCGAAUAAAUUUUCUGACAAGUAGGAUUGCUCACAGUUCUUCUGUAACUUGCAUUCCCCAAAACACUUCAUUUACCAAGUGUUAAGAACAAGAUUCACUAGCCCAAUAACAAAAUCCACCAGCCCGAGGCUAUUGGACACUACAUUCUUUGCACACUGGACAUACAUGUACAUAAGUAGGAAAGUAGGGCCAAAUAAGCUUUCCUUAGAUUUAAUCUCACCAUACUAAAUAAAUAAUGAUUUAGAGGUGGCACAUCCACAUUUUGGUUCUUUGUCUGCCAUUCCUGGUUGAAUUGGAAUCUGGAAAUGUUGAGAGAGAAGGGAAAAGGGAAAACCAGAAGGGAAAACCAGAGCACCUGGAGAAAAAUCUCUCGGAGCAAAGAGUGCGCUUUCGCAUGUACAGAAAUAACUGUUGCAGAAGUAAUACGUGUUAAAUAGUCUAGAAAAUAUGAUAUUCCAAUGUAAGGAGCAAAGAGCAACCCGCGUAAUGGUGUCAAUGCCAGUAUUUGAACCUAAGCCUCAUUUUCUGGGAGGCGAGCAUUCUCACCACUGCGUUAUCUUUGCUCUCCCAUAGUGUGCUUUCGCAUGUACAGAAAUAACUGUUGCAGAAGUAAUAGGUGUUAAAAAAUAGUCUAGAAAAUAUAAUAUUCCCAUGUAAUAUUGUACAAAUUGGAUGUUAAGGCACAGCUGUACUCCAAGAGUGCCCGGUGGCACUUUAAGGUGCCUUACAUUUGCUCUUGGGUAAGUAGGAAAAAUUAGUUUUUACACAAAAAUAGUAAGCUUGGCAUAAGACAUUUACUGCCAGUUCAAAGAAGUACUACCAAUAGUUCUGGGGCAAGUAUGUCAACCAUGCCAUUCUAUACUAAACCAAACUUUUUCUUUAAAACUUGUAUCACCAUACUGUCAAACAACACAAAAUUAAGGCAGUCUAACAUUUAAGCAAUUGUAUGAUUGUAUCAUUUUAUAAUCAGUGUCAGAAAAACUUGAAGUGACAAAAUCUUCCUCUCAUUCAAUAGCUUGAUGCAUUUCCUGGAAACAUUCUUGCAGACUUAGCAGAUGUGUUUAUUAAUGCCAUUAAGAGUGGUUCCCUAAGCAAUGGCAAGUAAGUAAUAUUUGUUCAUUGAUAAGUUACAAACACAAAGAUUGCUGUCAAGGAAAAUGCCAGGUUAACAAAACUUUUUCUCAAGUAACAUAACACUUGUGUCACAGUCGUUUUCCACAGAGCCAUUUGUUUUUAUGACAUGUGGGACACACCCGUUGCCUCAGGCAUUAAGUCUUUGAAGGAUCAACAGUCAGUUUGCUUGUCUUUAACCUAAACAGAUCACUGGAAUUGUUUCCUAAAGUGCUGUCUGCUGUAGCAGCCAAGGACUCUAUUCCAAUGGUGGGAGGUAAGAAAAUCAACUUUUUGAACGAGUAGAACAGGUGGUUCUUCAACAAACUAGGUCCAUUUGGCAAAAAUCCAUCAACGCCACUAAAAAAAGCACCUUUAUGUUAACAUUCAUAAACUUGCCAAGUUUGAAAGUGACACAUCUAAAACAAGCAAAGAUAUAGCUCCCCAAAUUCCCCAAAUUAAACAGUGAAUUUGCAGCCAGAGCUCUAUCUUCAUUCUUUUUACACAAAUCACUCUCAAUCUUGGCAGUUGGUUCUCUUUUUUAGGCUCUUCUAAGAUAGCUGUGCAGUGUUGAUCUACAAGUUGGCAGAUAAUUGUGCUUAGAAAUAUUAAGUACAUUCAUUACCUGGCGUUGUUUUUAUUGUGUAGAAUGUGGAGGUGAAAUGGCAGGACAGGAGUAUAAGAGACACCUACUUAACACUCUUUGCUCAAGCAGGUCAGUAGUUUGAAUUUUGCUGUUGAUAUACAGUGCAAGCAUUUUUCAUUCAUUUACUCGUCAUUGAGAAAGUGGUGAUGACUCUGGACUAAGGGAACGAUGGGGGUGAGUGUAAUUUAGGUAAAAGAAAUUCUAGAGCAUAUGUUGGGUUGUAGCACCCAUAUCUCCACUAGAAUCAGGCCUGCAAAUCAUUUCUCUUUUUAAAGGGCCUUAUGUCCAACCAGGUCACCAUUGUGAAGAUGAAAUAAUCAGCAUAUGUCAUGAGCGUGGGACAAAGAAAAAAGUCUGAGUCCUCAACAGGAUUCGAACCUAUGACCUCCCAAACACCGGGCGGGCGCUCUAUCCACUGAGGUAUGGAGAACUCAUGAAGAGAGAGGCCAUAUACUAGGUUCUUAUUGGAAAUGCGUCCUGUAUACUGCUAGGAUCAUUAAUGUCGAGAUCAUACUGUAUGGAGAAAGAAUAAACCAAGUAAAUUUGUUGGUCACACAUUAAGCUGACUUUAAUAUUUUUUUGUUUUCUUUUUAUGAAAGAAAGGUUAAUUAAUACUUUAAAGUAUCAAAAGUCAGCUUCAACUUGAAAAUAUUAGGUAUUUGUGUCUAACCAAAGUAGGAUUUGACAUCAUCUAAUGAUAGAUUGUUAUUUGCAACUCUGAGAUUUUAAAGUUAGAAAGUGAGAAAAUUAAUGUUUCUUAUCACAAGCUCUGCCUUAUUGAGCUGAUUGGGUUCUGACAUGAGAAACAAUUCAGUGGAAAACAUCUUCAGUUGUCAUCUCAUUUAAUUUUCAGAUGGGAUCCUCAAUGUGCCAUACAUCUAGCUGCUGUUUUCAGGUAAAUUUUUGUUUUUGUCAGUAGCUGUCCAAGUGACCUUAGGCUUUUGAAUAAGACGAAAACAAUGUGAGAUAAAUCAAGGUGUUUUUAAUCUAAAAUCAGAUCCUCAUCCAUGGUUGUCCUCCUUUUUUUGCGCUGUUAUCAGUGCUAUUAUUGGAAGUCAUACAUAGAGUUAGACAUACUACUCAUUAACUGAGAGAGAGGUCAUUACAGGGAAUUCUCAGCCCAAUGUAUUGUAUCGCUCAGUCAAUACAUCAAGGCUGAUGUCCGAGAUUUCCCUGUAAUGACCGAAUAAACAAGGUUAAUAAGUUAUUUAUUAUUUGGCCUGAGUCUGCGAUCAAUUGAAAUCAACAACUGGUCAGCGGAUAGAUUAAAAAAAACACACACACACACAACACCUCAAUGAGUUGUCGCUUGAGCCUGCUUUACAGUCAGGUGACACUGGCCAGUGGAUGCUCUUUUUGUCAGUUGUCAUCUGACCGUAACAUGGAUGUCCAUAAGCAUGUCCACUAUCAAGUUAAGCACAAAUUUUGUAUCCCUUGCACACCUAGCUAGUAUGCCCGGUCAUUACAAGAGAAUAAUGCCGAGCUGUCAUAACAAGAAAACAGCGAAUCAGAGCUCGCAUUCUAUUGUAGCCAUAUAAUAAUAUUCCUUAUUGUCUUUUAAGAACCCAAGCAUCAGAAAAAUGUAUCUCUAACGGCACCUUGAUUUCCACUCUUUCUUGUUGAUAUUCUGAACCCUUUAUCUAAAGUGCUAAAACAUAAGUUCUCAGCAUGCAGUCAGUAUCAGUCAGCAGCAGAUUCUGGUUGUCAAAGGGACUUCCCUUAUACAUUAACUAUAUCAUAUCUUAAGUAACUGCAAAUAGGCAUAGGUCUCACUCAACUGGUUUUUGUUCAUCCUUUGUAUUAGGGAUGUGCCAAUGACUUCAGAUGAACUGCGGUUUGUAAUGGAAAAGAUAAUAAGGUUAGUGAGUGUGCAGUUUUGCACUUUCUUCUUUCUGGUAUAUUUGAGAUUGUUGAUGUCAUGUGAAGAAUCUGGAUUAGACAUAUUCGAUUGGAAAGGUAGGAAGGUUAAAGUUAUUUUAUGUUUGUUUGCGGGCAGGACUACUAUUGUGAAAUGGCCCUUAACUUAUGACGUUCCUUUGCUAAAUUUAAUUUAUUGUAUCAUAACAAUGUCUUGAUUUUCAUUUUUACUUUUCUGUAGGGCCAUGAAGGACCUUGAUUUUCAAGAGCUUCCUCCACUUGUCUAUCAGUUAUUGCUUCUCUCCACAAAGGUACACAAUUCUCUUUACUUGGGCAGCUACAUGUAAUUCUAUCGCUUUGAUUCUUCUGAAACCACCCUCUGUGUCUUUUUUAUUUAUAACAUUCUUCAUCAGGGUUAGUGAUUUAAGCUUUUUUGCAAUUGUAAGGCAUGAAUGUUCACCCAUGUAUGUGCAAUCUGUCAGAUAACCAGUAUAAGCACACAUAAUGUUAGACAAGAUUUGGUUUCUGGUAUGUGCCUUGUGUCGUCCUGCUUAUAUUAGUGUUUGUUUGUAUUAUUUUUAAGGGUCACAAACAGCUCGUUCUGGAGGGAGUAACAUCUUUUUUCAACAACUUGGAUGAAACAUGUCGCAAGGAGAACAACGAGGAUAGGUUGGUUAUCCAUGAAUUCUAUAACUUUCUUUUCAUUGGAUUUCUGCUCGUAGUUUGCUUACUCUUUAGUAUUAUGGUUUAGGGUUGAUUUGAGUUGAUGUUUGGCAUUGCCAUUGCAGCUCAGAAGUCCAGACCAUGUCCAAAGACCAGCUACGCCAUAUGGAAGGAACUGUAGUUCUUCACAUAACAUUUGCUGUAAAACAAGAUCAGGACCUAGGAAAGGAGUUCAUUAAAUAUUUAAAGGUAUUGGCAAAUGGAUGGUUCCUAAAGUACUAUCCAUUAGUAAGUACACAACAAUUAUUGUAUUUUCAAAAAGGGAUAACAUAUUAGUGAUUUGUGCCUGAUACAAUUGUAGUUAUUGCAAUAAGAAUUUUUUUGAAAAGUUACUUGCAGAGUCUUUAUAGAUGGACUUGCUUUGAUUUUUACCAUUUGCUCCUUUGAUCUUUAAAUGAUUACAGGAGUAUAUGGUAAAUGUCAAAACAACUCCAUCUAUAUAGACUCUGCAAGUACCUUUUAGAAUUCUUAUUGCAAUGUCCUCCAGCUCUUGCAGAAUCAGGAAUUCUUAGGUUUUGUACAAAAUGUUUAUGUUGUUUGCACUGAAUUUCAUGAGUUCAGAGCUCUUGUGCUUUCUGCCCUUUUUUUCUUACCCCAGUACAGCCUUGAAGUUUGAUUAUUCAGCCGUACUAGUUUUUCUUUAGUAUUUUCCAUGAUAAAUUUGGGAUUUUGUGAUUUUUUUAAGAAAAAUCUCACGGAGGUCGAGAAGUAUUAUAUAACAGUAAUGUUGUUGGUGAAUGGUCAUUUACUGCCAAGAUAUUUUCAACCAUAGGGUACAUUGUAUUUUAGGCAGUAAAUCUAUUUAUUGUGUUCUGCACAGGCUCACCAAAGCUGCCCUGGUGUGGUGCUUACUCCAUUCAAUAUUGCAUUAGCUCUCUCUAUUGCACAGAUUCAUAGAUUUGAAGAAAUGGUAAGGAUUAACGCCAUGCUAGCUUUUUUUAUUUUCACUCUAUUGAAAUGUGACCAACAAAUCUCAGUUUGUGACAAACAUGAUAAGAUGCAGGCAAGAAACGGUAAACAUGCCUGCAAAUUCCAUGUGGCUUAGUCUCUUGAUUCUUGUCAAAAAAACAUCAGUUAGAAUAGAUUGCUUGAGGAAACAAAGUAUUAUAUUUGCUGACCAGUCUACUUCAAUCAUGUCAACCACCAAAAAAAGUAUUCAUCAAGCAAUAUUAGCAAAAAUGACUAUAUUUAGUACGCAUUUUGAAAUGUCAAUGUGCUUAAAUAUUUAAAACUACAAUUAUGACUAUUAUAAAAUAAAUUCUAAAAGUACACAAUGUGCAAUGUAUUUACUAUGAAUUUUAUUCAAAUAUUAGAUAUUUGACUUUCUGAAGUCAGCUGUACUUAGGAGCUUUAAAGAUGAAGAGAGAAGAAAGCAGUCAAAGUGGGUGCGAGGUGAGCUCCUUGUGCACUGGUUUUGUGGCAGAUUAUUAUAUAUUUCACCAAAGAGAAAUUAACUGUGAAAGGUUUGAACCCCGGAAACGUUCUGCCUUCAGUUUUCUUUGUAGGUGUGUCACUGUGUGUUUGACCUGUUGUCAGUGAGAAAAAGGUAUUAAUUUGGGAUUCUGAUCAGAACAAAAUCUCAUUUUAUAAGUUUUGUACAUGUGGCCCAUUAAUUUAGUUAUGCAGAGAGCAGACUUGAUAACUUGAUUAUUAUAAGGGAUGUAUGGAAAACUGACCUUUUUCUAGUACAUAAGCUUAACCCUUUAACCUCUAACAAGGAUCAGCCUUUUUUUGCUAUUAUGUUGGUGAAGACUCUGGCUGGCAAGAGGAUUAAUAAUAUCGCAGCAGUGAAGUAAUCUUCUUUCCAUUUUGAAUAUUUCAUUUCUACCUCAGAAAAUAUCCCUGCAUCUUCCUCUGUUCAGGAUCAGGUACUGGAGACAGUUCAGAACAGGUAAAAGGUCAAAUGACUGUACUUCAGUUUGUCGCUGUUAACCUGGUGUUACGUUUAUGUAAUUUUUUUUUCAUCUAAGAGAUUUAAGUAAAUUUAUUACAAUAAUAUUACUCUGUGUGAUUGUUCUACCAUAGUUUGUUUGGAUGGGAUCAUGUGACUCAAGGAUUGGUGCAGCUGGGCUUCACUCUGAUGGAUGCAUUUGGUCCCAAGAUGUUUGGUAAAUAUUGUGGCACUUUGGUAUCAACCAGACUACAUUAUAAUGAUAAUUGUGGCAUUAUGUAUAACACUCAGUAGUUAAAACACUAACCUAUGGUCAAACUGUCAGCCAAAUUUGGUGGACAGACCCUUACCUCAUGCAGGGGACAGCUGUAGAUGGAAGAGGUUUGCUGUGGCAUAACUGUUGCUUUCUCAGGAUUGUUUUGGAAAACAUCUUUGAGGAAAAAUUUCAGAAAUGUAUAAGGUCACAAUAGUACUAAAAGUAUUUAAUGUCUGUCAGUGACUUGCGUUUUUGUGCUCUCUUUUAGAUUCUACAACUUCACCAAAUCUGUCUCCAACACAACACUCGUACAAGCUUGGAUCCUCCAUUCUGCUUGAUACUUUCAAGGUAGAUUCUAUACCGCUGUAGAUUUUAUACGGCAGCCUGGCAAGCUCAGUUGGGAGAAUGCCAGUCUGCUUAGUGGAAAGUUGCGGGUUCAAACCUCUGCUGGACCAACACUUAAACACGGGGUCUUUAAAUAACUGAGAAGAAAGAGCUGCCUUUGUAAUGACAUCUGCAAACAGUUUGACUUUCUAGUCUUCUCAGAUAAGGAUGAAAAAACGUAGGUCCCAUCUCACAGUGCUUUCACUUAUCUGAUUCUUGUGGGACGUAAAAGAACCCACACCAUUGUUUGAAAAGAGUAGGGGACGUAGACCCGGUGGUGUGGCCAACCUUUCCUAGGCUGGGUGGGUUAUCUGUAAGGAGAGAUCUUAAUUCAGCAAUGACCUCAUGAUCCUCAUUCAGUUGUCCUAAUAGGUACCUGUAAACUUGGAGCAAAGAGAUACUUAUAUUGAGAAAAUUAUGAAUGUAACCUGCCAGUGUUUAUAGACCAAAAAAAAAUAAUGACAAUAAAUCUGUUUGUUUUUACACGCCUUUUCAGUUUUCUUUGAGCUCUUUAUUGUUAUUUUUUGCAGGCUCAUGAAAUGGUCCGAUCUGAAAUUCUGCAACAAAUCCUGAACAGAGUGAUUACUAAGGCAACUACACCAGUCAAUCACUACAUUGGUAAGAGAAGAUUCUGUACAAUAAAACAUUACGCUUUAAUGAACACUGGUGUGCUUUACUAGGCAGUAAGUUCUGAGUGUAUAAUAUUGAGAAGGAUAGGACUGGGAUGUCACAGAAGUUGUAUAGUUUGGAAAUAAAAGGUGUAUAUGUUGUGGUUCAAUUUUAUCCUUGGUUUAAAUUUUAUUUUCCUUUGUUUCAAACUCAUUAUCAUACAUUACCACACCCAGAAACAAAGGAAAACAAAAUUUAAUCCAAGGAUAAAGUUGAGCCACAACAUAUAUACAUGGGGUGAGUUCGCUAAAUUGAAAAGUCCUUCCUGGUGAUUUAUCAGGGCUUUGAAUAAGUUUUUAAACAUAGGGGUACAUUUAUCCCAUAUGUGAUGAGCCAUUCUUCAUCACUUUCUGAAAUAAUACUGUAAGGGACUUCAUGGUGGUUGCUUUGAGCUUGAUAGUGUUUGAAAAGGUUCAGGCAUUGUAAUGUCUCUUUCAGAUCUCCUAGCCAGCACUGUUUCUUCAGCACCACAUGUGUUACUGGAAUCAAUGCCAAGGGUAACAACCAGUAAAUUUGUAGUACUUUAUUUCAUAAGUAAUAGAAACACUGAACAAAUCGUGGUUGUGAGAGUCCAUCUUGACAAUUCUUUAAAUAAGAUCAUGGAAAGUGCCAGUCAACAAUCCCACCAUCUGGUUUGUUUCUUUUUGUUCAGUUCACAUUCUUUUUAGGCCUUCACAAACUCUGGAAAAACAAUCAAUAUCGCUUUGAGAAAAACAUUUUGUAUGUUGAAAAAUUUUUUGCAAGAUGAGGACUUGCAGAAGUACUGCAAUAGAAUAUAAACUUAGAAUUUUUGUGCAUCAUUUCUCCACGUCAAAAAGUCAGCAUUGUACCAUUUGGGCUGACAAAAGUGCAUAUAACAUUUCAGUUGCUAAUUUGCUUGUGAGAUAGAAAAUCCUUUUUGUAUUUUGUAUGCUGAAAAAUUUUGCAGGAGACAAGAAUUUGCAGACCUAUUGCAAAACAAAAAUGUCCGAGAACUUUUCCUGUGUCAUUGCUGUUAGUCGAAAAAGCAGCAUUGUACCAUUUGGACUAACAAAUGCACCUGUAAUGUUUCAGCAGCUAAUUGUAUCAGGUUGUUUGUUCUGAAGUCUUAAAGUUAGUAGAUAACCUCCCAAACCGUGACCAGCAAAAAUACAGCAAAUCAAUAGCUGCUCUGCACCCUCCAUGUUUCAGUGGCCUCUGAAAGGGGUUCUGAACUUGUCAGUUCAGCUAUGGAUUAGUUUGAAUAUCAUGAGUUGUAAGAAAAAUAAGACAAGGCAAUACCUGUUAUUCAGAAAGAAAUGUUUUUCAACCAAUGUGUUUUCCAGGUUAAAGAAGCUCUGGACUAUCUGUCCUUUUUACCCCCAAAAUCUGCUGAAGGGUUUCUCAAAGCAAUCCAGGUACAGUGUAGAGUUCUUUUUUUUUCAAUGUUCAUAUUAUUAUCAAGAGUGCGAAAAAUUAACUGGCACUCUUUUUGGUAAUGCAAAUGUGUCUUGUGCUAUGCUUCAUUAUCCAGUAAAUAUUUCUGACCAUUGUUUAUCUUGUACAAACAUGUAAAGGUUUUUCUCUUCACAGCCUCUGUUAAAGAUCAGUUUAUCUCUACGUGAUUCACUUAUUCUUGUGUUACGAAAGGCAAUGUUCUCAAGGUAACAGUCAAAUUACUAUCCCUUCAAUUAUACCAUUUUAUAUCAGUUAAUGAAAUGUAUUACAGUGAAUUUCAUAACCUUCUUGUGCGUGUCUGCUCUUUAUGAGGGAUUGAAAAAGGGGUGACUGUGAUGACACUAAGCCGCUACCGACUUUAUAAAAUUUUCACAGGCAAGUUGAUGCACGUAAGAUUGCAGUAACAGGAUUUCUUCUCAUUCUUAAGAAUUUCAAGGUACAAGCUGUCAUGAUUAUGUAAUUGCCGAGGAGAAUAGCUGAUCUCUUUAUUAUACAGUUCAUAUUCUUGUGCGUCUUUUGAAAGUGAAGGGAAUACAGGAGAAUGUUUUGUUUGAGGCCUACAUGCUUAUCAUCUGAAUGAUAUUUCUUAUACAAAAUGUUUGAUGGUUGAAUACCCAGGGAAGGUUCAUUUUUAUUAUAGAGGGGAUCUUUUUGCAGGUUAUUUUUCAAUGAGGGGAUAUUUUUCCAUCACAGCUAGAAACAACAGUUUUGAGAGUUCUUAAUUCUGUGCAGUCUUCCCAUAUGAGCAAAUAGCCUAGUAACACAGGAGCACCGAACGACGGUUUCCUCCAAAAUACGUUGAAAACACUUUUUAGGCCAUCCAGAGGACUUUUGGAUCUCUAGAAAUGCAUUCUUAGCGGUGCUACAAAAUUUUUAUCUGUUCAGUCAUCCUAGGGGAACUGAAGUCUUUUCGAAAUUACAAGGGCUUCAGUAUCAUUUUCCCGAAAAUUUUAGGUGUAAUUUAACGUUUUAAGAAAGUGAUUUCUCUCUCCAUCACAUUUUAGAAUCCGAAAAUUUUAAGUCUCCUUUUUCUCAGAAAAAUAGUGUAAGCAGGGUUGUAAAACAUGAAAAAUUAAACUUCAGAUGAUCAUAGGGAAUUUAUUAGAUAUGAUUCGAAAAUUGUACAUUAAUGGAACGUUCAUCUAGAAGUUUUUAGCCGUCCUCAAGCAGAAGAAAAUUCUAGGCAAUAUUUGCUUCUCCGAACACAUAUUUUACAGAAAAUAGUCGUUGUGUGCCCCUGGUAACAGAUGUGAUACCUUGCAGAUUUUAGGAGGAGGUAUAUCUUCUAGUCAACCAGCUAGCCAAUUGAGUCAAACGCUAUCACAUUCUAGUCAAAUCCAAGUGGAUGUCCAUGUCAGAAGCAGUGGAGUGGGCAAUGAGGCCCUGUGUUUGGAGAUACUAGGUGAAUACAUUACUUGAACAUUUAUUUAUCAGACGAGGUAUAGCAUCUGCGAGGAAAUUCGUCAGUAACCAGUGCAACUUCAUAUUAUUUACCACUGUCCAUGCUGCGUGGCAUUAGGUUAUUUCCUUUUGACCUAGGUCAACUUAAAGCAAACCUUUCACUUAGUGAACAUGAAGUUAAGAGCCAUUCCAUCAAAUGGCCAUUGAUCAAGGUAAACCUGUUGUUUAACCAGUAUGGAAAGUGUUUUGGGUAAAGGAAGCUGAUACAUAGCUAAGGAGAGCUUUUAGUCAGUCACUGAAGACAUUUAGUUUUAUAAGUUAUUAGAACCCUGCUAUGGUGGUUCCAUGUUUGUUGUUGUUGUUGUUUUCUCCUUAAGGAAACCUACGUCGAUGUUUGACUCAACAAGCAGAUGUCAGGGUGCAAUUGUAUGAGGUAUAGUCUGCAAAAUUUACAAUUUCCAUAUAACCAUUUCUACAAAUUCAUAUGUACAGCAACUGUGCAUUUCGGUAAUUCUCUACCAAAUGUUUCACUGAUUUCACCAAAUGUAGAACGGUAUUGAGGUCAAACACCUUUCUAGUUUCAGUACAAUGGCUGUGAUUGAACAAUAAUUUUAAGAAGAGCCAGAAAUUCAUUUCAUUUUUGUUUGAAUUAAGGUAAAAUUACUAAUAAAUAACAUGCAAGUCAUUGUUAUUUAAAACUAUAAACUGGAAUGUUUUCUAUUAGUGUUAUUUUCUCUUUUUGUUCGUUCCAGGGUUUGUUCCAUGUGCUUUAUAGAAACCCUCAGCUACAGCAGCCAAUUUUAGACAUGUUCUUCAACCAGGUACAACGCAUUUUCUUUUUGUCUUGUAGUUACCAUUACUUCUUUUGCAUUCUGUCGUCUUAUUAUUGUCUGCUUAAAGCUGGGAAUGUGUUCUGUGCUGUAAGAUUAGACUUUCAAGCUGACUUAUAAACCAUAUUAGCUAAGUUAUUUCAAGAGGAAUCUGUGGUAACGAUAAGCAUUCUGACGACAAGGUACAUGGCUGACCUUCUACUUAGUGGUAGAUGCUACGCAUUUAAUAAGUUUUUCGCAUCUGCAGCAAGCAAAUUGAUGGCCACUUUACGGAAAACUUGUGGUAAUAAACAGCGUGAUUCCGAUACUCCUGCCCGUCAGUAUCCGCCGUUUAAUUUUCUUGAGAUCUCUGAGGAGUUUGUUAUGUCUCAACUACGUAGCCUGAAAUCUGGGAAGGCUGUGGGUUUGGACCGCAUACCGACUCGCCUGUUAAAAGAUUCUGCGGACAUUGUAGCUAAGCCUGUGGCGUUUAUUAUCAACACCUCGUUACGUACUGCCCAAGUUCCCAGUGAUUGGAAAUCCGCACGGGUCAUUCCACUCUUUAAAAAGGGAAAGGCUGAUGAGAUGGACAAUUAUCGCCCGAUUUCCAUUUUACCUGUUCUAUCUAAGGUUUUAGAACGGGCUGUACAUAUCCAACUCUACAAAUAUCUCCAGCAAAACAAGAUCUUGAGUCCUUAUCAGUGCGGGUUUCGGAAGUGUCACUCGACAGAAUUCGCUGCUCUUUUUUUUUUUCUGAUAAUAUUCGUAGGAACAUGGACCAAGGUCAAUUAACUGGUGCUGUGUUUAUUGACCUUCGCAAAGCUUUCGACACUGUGGAUCAUGCGGUACUUCUGGACAAGCUUUCCAAUUUGGGGAUUUUCGAUAAAGAGCAUGGCUGGUUUACGGAUUACCUGUCGAACCGCACCCAAGUUGUGGAGUUUCAAGGGGUGACUUCUGUUUCGGAAGCCGUCUCUACUGGUGUGCCUCAGGGCUCUAUCCUCGGACCAUUAUUGUUUAUUCUACACAUUAAUGAUUUACCUGAAGUAGUGUCCGAUUGCAAUAUUCUGAUGUACGCUGAUGACACUGUUUUAUACUGUUCAUCCUCUCAAGCCUCUGUCAUUCAAGACAAGCUCAAUGCAGAACUGUCUAAGAUUGAUCACUGGCUUUCUUUUAAUAGUCUGUUUGUUAAUGUAACAAAAACCGAAGCUAUGCUUUUCGGAACCGCCCCUAGAUUAUCUGCUGUCAACUCUUUUUCUAUUACUUUAAAUAACAAUGUAAUUAAGCGGGUUUUUCACUUCACUUAUCUAGGUAUAGUUUUUGAUGACCGCCUUAGCUGGAACGAGCAAAUAAAGUACCUAAUUUCGAAGGCGGGAAAACGCGUAGGAAUGCUCGGCAGGCUUCGCAGAAGCCUCACUAGAGAGAGUGCAAAUGUAGUGUAUUGUAGUCUAAUUAGGCCAAUUUUAGAAUACUGUGUAAGUGUGUGGGGCUGUUGCGGGGAAGGUCGUAAACAAGACCUUGAAGCCCUCCAAAACCGGGCUGCUAGGAUAGUGGCUUGUACUCUGCGCAGCAAGCAGGCAUUGGACGUUCUGAAAUGGCCCACCUUGGAGGAGCGCCGACGUCAAUCUGUUUUUAAACUCGUUAAGAAAUGCCUGCAAGGUCAAUGUCCCCAGUAUUUUAAACAAUAUUUUAAACGUAAUAAUACAAUCCAGCGCGCUCUACUAGACAAAGCAACCUCUUACAUCCGCCUUCUGUGAGAACUGAAAUUGCAAAAAGAUCCUUUUAUUAUUAUGGUUGCACUCUUUUUAACGAAUUAUCUUAUUGAUAUUCCGUGUUUUACAUCUUUUAAUCUUUUAAUUGAAAAUAGUUUUCUAUUUAUAUUAUUACCUGUAUUAGUGUAAUGUUUAUAUAUUCAGUUUGGUUUUGUGCGUUGUUGCUCAGGGCUCCCAUUGAUAACAGACAGCUUUUUGCGUCUGAAGGGGCUACCCUGAGCGGUAUAAAUUAAUAAAGGUUCUUGUUCUUCUUCUUCUGCUGGAGAGUGCAUGGUCUUGCCCUUAAUCUGGCGUUGCCAUUUGGGUUGACAAGCGCACCUACUGUAUUUCAAUGACUGCAAGUAAUAGUGUUGGCCAUGUAUGUUGCAACACCAUAGAGUGUGUUGUAAUUGCAUCCUUUAGAGUGAUUGGAUACUAAGAUGUAUGUCAGUGACAUUUCUUUGAUUCCGUGCAUGUCAAACUUCCACCCAAUGACUGUUUUAUUGGCAUGCCUGUGACAAAAACCUAACCACUGCUUUAAUAUAUUAUGUCAUCACAGUUUCAGAGGUAUGUUGAAUCUGAUGAAGAUGUAAAUCCUCCUAUCAAAUUAGAGCCGUGCCUUUCAGCUGCAGGUGAUCAAGUUUACCUCACAGAACCACUGGUACGUUCUUAAAUUUUUAGUCCUCUUUUUUCUCAAGAAUAGUGUUUCAUAUUUUGGUUUUUUACAUUACUGUUAGGCCCAUUUGCUGUGUUAUCUUCUACAUUCAAUGGCAAAGUGCAUUGAAAGUUACAACCAGGAAGAGGAUGAGCGGAAUGGUGAGUGUGUUUCUAAUCUUGACCUUUCGCUUUCACCACUUAAUCUGCUCUGGCACAUUGCCAAAGCGUCUGGACUAGCCACCAAGUCAUAGGUCCACCAAGUCCAUUCACCUGUGUCAAAAACUGAUUAAAAUAACAUUUUCAUUUCGACCCUUGUUCCUUAUAUUGGUUUCAGAUUCUAUGGAGCAUAUUUUGAAUGAACUAGAGGAUCUAUUCCAAUCACUUGUACGUAGGAUGAAUAAAUCUGAAAUGGAAGACUUUGAGCUGGUAAUUAUCAUAUUUUAAGUGGAUUUGGUUUUUCUUGACAUGUGCUUCUUCUUGUUUUCAACCUUUUUGUUCAUUUUUUCAGGACAAGUCUGCUGAUUUUUCUUUGACCUCAAGUGUUGGUAUCAAGAACAACAUUCUUGCUUUACUUGUUCUUGGAGUUUAUGAGGUAAGCGCUCAAGUUGUUUUGUCUUUAAAAGCUUUUUUUCGUUUGAAAUUUAUUUCGACGUUUUAUUCUCACUGAGAAGAGAAAAAGUAGAACUAAUUGUAUAAACCUAAGCAGUUGUCCAAUGGCGGCAAAUACUCUUACAGAGUUGCUUUAGCUUUUAGUAUCUCUUCGCAUUUUUUUUCUAAGAAAGAACACCCUUUUGAUUCUCUUUGUUUAGGUUUUAUUCGAGUACAGUUUUGCUGAAGGAGAAUUAAGGUUGGUUACUUUUGAAUGGGCCGUCCUUCACCUCUAUGAGCAUAGUGUUUAGUAACUGUGGUUAAAUAAUGUUAUUGCUAGAUCACGAAUUGGAAGAAGGUUUUGCUCUCAGUCUAUAUUUUUAUCGUCAUUAAUUAUGCUAUUGUUGUUGUUGUUAGUACUGAAUCAACUGAUGAGGUAAUGCAGCUUUUUGGCAAUUAUCACCAACUGUCUGAGAUCCUGAAGGAAAAAGCAAAUGCAACUGGUAAGGCGGCCUUUUGACAAAGGCUAGAAUUUAAUAUUAACUGAAUUCUGUUAUUUGUAAUAACUCACACAGAACCUGACUACAUCGAAGUUUUACGUAUUUUAUUAUGACAGGAAAAAAAGGCCGUGCAGCAGUUGGAAAACAAGGAACUAAAAGCAUGCUGUCUUUGGAGUGCUCAGCAUCCUUGUUAAGAGUAUUAUUCUGGUAUAUAUAUAAAUAAUCCAUUGUGUAGUUUGUCUGUGGUUUCAUUGUUACUAUCUUCUUUGAUUUUUGAACAAUAUCUUGACCUGUGUUAAUUGUGAAUAUCCUUAGUGAUACAACUCCAAGCCAUCAACAAGGCCUAACCACGCUGAGAGGCUCAAGAGACCUUAUUAAAUAUGCUGUCAAUACAGCUCUUCAGAAGCUCAAAGAGGUAAUUUUGAACCCUUUUGAUAAGAAUGUGCAGACCCAUUACUUGCAGGAUUAUUUGUCCUGGAAUGCCUCCACAUGCUCAAUGACUUAGCCAAUUGGCCCGAACACCCAGUUUACUCAAGACGCAUAUAGGAUAUUAGCCUGCGUGGCAAGCGUUUGAAAAGGAAAGGAAAGGGGGUUUUGGGCGUGAGGGAAACGCGAGGUGUGCGCAAGGAGGGAGGGAACGAGGGAGUUUCCUUCCCUCCCUCCUCGCGCGCUCGCUCGCGUUUCUCUCGCGCCUAAAACUCUCUUUCCCUUCCCUUUCAAACGCCUGCCAUGCAGGCUAAUAGGAUAUAUAAAUACAUGAAAGGACUUCAUCUAAAAUAUACGCCGAUGAAAGGUCUGAAGGAUAGAUGUUAGAGAGCCAUGACCACGGCGACUAAAACGUAAAAAAAUCAAUUAGUGUAAUUAGCAUUUAAAACAACAGAAAUGCAGGUGCAUCUCUUCUUUCUCUAGUAUAAGAUUCUUUUGUCAUAAUAUUUGACCGUUGCUAACAUUUUCUUUUUUUUUGCGUUUUGUUUUUCCCAGAUCAAUGAAAGUGGCAGUUGUUCUGGUCCUGGUGGCUCUAGCAAGGAACAUAUUUACAAACACUGUUGUACAAUUGCAAGGUUAUGUCGGUUUUGGUUUAUAUUACACAUUCUCAAUUAACUUUUCCCGCUUAGAGUAAUCAGCACUAACUUGUCUUUUUCUUUUAGAAUGUUCUGGAAACACAUGAAUGGGGAAAGCUGUUUACAGGAAGACCAUGACAAAAAAGACAAGGUACUGAAAUCCAACCGUAAGAAGAAAGUUAUUGAUAUAGGUUUUUAAAUAGUGGAUGAUUUUUGAAAAAACCAAACCAAACGUUAGACACUUUUUUGUGGGAGAGGAAAGGGGUGGGGAACUGGGAGUUCUAAAAGGUUCUAACAGGGGAAAAUCAUCCAACAGCACCUAACAUUUCACAAUCGUAAAAAGGCGAAAGAGUACAGGCGAAGAAAAUAGCGACAGGAGCCGGGAAUGCAAGAUUCGGGAGGCGGGAGGCUUGGACCUUCCCCCCCUCCCUACUUUUUAUGGUAAUUAAGGUUACUUUGCCUUCCUUCCUUCUCGGUAGUGAUUUCCCCUUGUUUCCUCUAGGUGAAGUUUUCAUGAUUUGUAGAAAGUAAAGGUCUCUCUAAUCUUUUUUCCCAGGGUAAAAAAAUCAACAGUUUGUGCGUGGAAGGAUUUUGCCUCGUGGUUAACAUUAUGUGUUGCUCAUUCUCCCAGAAAUUGCCCCAUUUCUUAAGCGUAAUAGGUGAGUGGUAAAUCUUUAUUUUGCUUUUAUUUUUUCAAAUGGUUUAAAAACCCUUAACACCUACGGAGUUUGCUGUUUCAAAGACAUUGUUAUCCUUCUUUAAGCUUAUCGAUAGUGUUCUCAUUCCCCAAAAAGGUGACAUAUUAGGUCAUCACAUACUUGAAAAAAAAGCACAAUGCCUUGAAAAGCCACUACUGUAGAGGUUCCAUUUAAAUCGUCACUUAUACGCGUUUAAUGGUAAAUAGCUAUUGAUUCUGAUGCUAAAAGGCUAAGUACUCGCCUGCGUAUAAUCUUUCCCUGGUUUUAGGCCCCCAACGGACUCAACUAAUUACCGCGAGUAUUUCCCUUUACCCUGGGUACCAGAGGUUUUUCUCGCGUGCGGCGGAAAUUUUCGGGUUCGCACGGGUCACUAUAAAUAAAGACUUGACAGAAACCGGAAACCGCGCUAGAAAAGUCUCUGGCACCCAGGGCUCGGUUGUUCCAAGCUGGGUUAAGGUAACCCACGGUUAGUGCGAAAUUUGAACUCGGACGUGAGAGCUUCAAAAGCAAAUUCACUUUAAUUCUCUUUGCCUACAAUUUGAUGACUGGAUACUCUAAAAAGAAUAGAGAAAAUUAUCCGAUAGUGUACUUUUGAUAAAAAGAAAAAGAAACCUGGGCCGAGUUGUUCAAAGCUGGGUUAAGAUAACCCAGGGUAAGUGCGAGAUUUGAAUUCAGAUUUGAAAGCUUAAAAAGCAUUUCGGCUUUAAUUCUUUUUGUCUACAAGUUGAAAUCCUGGGAUUACAGAAAAUGGGACCCAAGAAAAGAAACAAGGUUAAAUUUAACCCCGGGUUAGAGCUAAUGUCUGGGCCCGCAGACGGACAUAACGUGAUUGGCAAAUUGACAAUGGCUUGUUUUGUUUUCUUCUGGGACACAGCUUGGGACCCAGAACAAGGAUUUUAGCGCUGUCUCGCAGACGGACAUAACGUGAGGUUUUGUUUCUUCUGUAGCGCUGGUUAGUUAACGACACGAUUUGCCUGCUUAGAGGUAACUGAAAUGGUAUUAAAAAACAAGUUAAAAUGGAUGCUGAUGGCUCACUCAGGGACAAUCGUACCUGAUGUAAAAAUACCACUGCAUGUACUGCAGUGGUUGUCAUAGUUGUUUUAUUAUUUUAGACUCAAACCAGGAUAAAGACAAAAGUUCAACUGAAGAAGCAACCAACCAAGAUGACGUUUAUUCACAAAUAAAGAAAUUCCAGGUCUGCAACACUUUUUUUGUUGAUUCUACCAGUGCUAAUAUUGCAUAACAUUUCAUUAUUUUGUUUUGUAGGUUAGCUUGGUUUUACCUCCAGGGUUUAUUUAUCUACGCAUUUCACGGUUUUUUUUUUUAUUUUUUUUAUUUUUAUUAUUUUUUUUUUAUUAUUGUUUUUACAAACAUAAUGCUGACUUACUUACAUAGUACUUACUUAGUUACAUAAAGCUUUAAUACCUACUUACAUAUAACUUGCUAAGUUAAAUGCUACUUACUUACAUAAUAUAAACUUCCAAGAUAAUGCUUACAAAACAGGAGCCGAUGAGUUGGAGUCUGUUACAAAAUAGUGAAAAAAGAAUUCUAAUACAACUAAUUACUAACUUACUAUCUAUUAACGAAGAGUAAAUACGCUAAAAACGACAAAAAAUAAAUAAAUAAAUAAAUAACAAACAAACAAAACAGAAAAGCCAAAAAACAAGGGAAAUUAGCCAGAAUCAAGAAAAUUAUUUUCACAGCUUGACUUGCACCUUAGCUUAGCAUUUCACGGUUACCGGCGGUCGAUUCGAUACAUCAAGUUAAUUCCUUCAAGAUGUAACUAAUUUCACGUACGUCGCUUAAAGAGCGAAGAAUAUUCACCCAAAAUGUUGUUCUUGUUCAAUUGCAAACUUUACUUGAAGUGAUCGAAAUUUUUGUAAUUUCACUGCUUGAGUUUGUAUCGAAACGACCGGUUUCGCAUUUCACCACAGCCGUGCCUUGUGGUUAUUCCAGAGCUCGAAAAAAGUCCCGUAAGGUAGCCCAAAACAGGUAUAUUUUUUGCGGGAUCAUGUGCUUAUAUACAAUUGUGGAAAUGCUAAUGAGAUACCGGCUAAAUAACUGUAAAAUAUUUACUUCUGAACUUUAAAAUGACCGUCGAACGGUCGAAACGUGGUUCGUUUUUAACGUUAAUUUUUAUGGUGAAAUCCGCUUUGAAAAAUUUGUUGAUUCGAAGUAACUUUUUUAGCUUACUAACCGGAUGAGCGCGAGUCCAGAUAAGUCAUCUGCUAACAAAAUCAUUAAACCUUUAAACCCUAAGAGUGAUCAGCAUCAAAUUUCUCCUUGUAAUAUCAAUGCUUUGUAAAACUUAGUGGUCAUAAGAAUUACAGACAUGAUCACACAAGAUGAAUUUGCCUUUUAUUUUAUCAACUUCUCCCCUCUACUUCUGUAGGAAAAGAAUAGGUGCAGCAAAUGAGAAUUCAAAUUUUGAUCUAAGGGUUUAAAGGGUUAAGGUGGCUCGAUAGGGUUUUUUCAUUGUCAAUACCUCCCAAGUUUGAGCAUAAGCUACCUCGUCAUUAACAAAGAUUUGGAAAAAUUAUUACCACAUCUGUAUUAGAUAAAGAUGAAAAUUCGUUUUGAUCAGGGUUAUAAUGACAUCGGAGUUGUCGUGGCAUCGAAAUUACGCCAUAUUUUACAUGCAGCCGUAUUUCUCGGCACUGGGAACUCUUCUUUCAAAAUCGUUCUCGGGAGCUUUUUCCUCUAAUAGCCGCGUCGAUGUUCGUGAAGUUAAAGCGAAAUCCAUAAGAGCAUUAUCGAGAUAUUUUUUGUUUAUGGUUAGAAAUAUAACGGUAAAAAUUGGACAAUCUUGAUGUUUGGCCGUUAUCUGUAGGAAAUGAAGCGCUUUGCCUUUUGAAAUGCAAUUUCAACUCAUAGUAGUUUCAGUCUUUUUAAAAACGUGUGUGAAAGAAGUUCAUAGUUUGAUUUUCAAACGUUUGUCUCCAGCGUUUGAUCAUCAGCAUCAUCUCGUCACCUGAUGAGGACGGUGACAUAAGUCUGAAGGACACUCAGUCACUUGUUACUGUCAUCUCACUAUUAGCACAGCAUUUGGAGCCAGAUGGACAACAGGUAAUUAAAAAGUUGACAUUCGGACGGCUUUGUGUGGUUCCCUAGCCCUAUGAAGCAACUUAAUUACCCAUUCUCUGUUUUGCCCCCAUUUCGUAGUCUAUUUUCUGCCUUUUUUGCCCCCCAUUUAUCAUUUUCCCGUUCCGGUUGCUUGCUAGCCAUCACCCGAUUUAUUGACAUCCUUGACAUUUUUUGUUCAUAGUUUGCGGAGUUACAGACCUGGGUACACAGAAUAUGUGCAGACCACAAUGUUGGUGAGAAAUAUAAUUUCUUUUUCAAGUUUCUUGUGAUCCCGCUCUUGUUUCAAGUGACCUAUCUGGCUAUUGGGCAUCCCUUGGGUUACCUGGUUCAUGUGCUCUGUCUGGUAUGUCUGGAUCCCCUGGCUCCUGCAAUAAACAGAUAUGUGUUAAUAUAUCAAAGAUGUCCAUAAUAGUUAGGGGUGUUCGUAUCGUUAAGGUCUACAAAAUAAGAGGUUUCACUGUAUUCUCUGUCUAACUACUUUUUUGUAGAUGAUCCUUCACUCACCAAGUGUUUAAUGACCCUGCUGUACUCUCUUACACUGCAGUCAAAAACAAGCGCGGGAUUGGUAAGUUAAAAAAAAAAAAAAGAACAAAGCUUCUCACCGUUUAUCAUACUAAGUCUACAGCUAAACAUGAACUUUAUAAAUGUUCUUUGUGCCAAAAAAAUGCUGUCCAUCCAUACACAUCAUGUUUCUGGUCAUGUCAUAUCAUCUUUAUAUCAUGUUUCAAGUUGUUUGUGCUGUUCAUUUCAUUGCCAUUCGACUUCGAGGCAAAGAAGCAAGUCUCUUUGACUCCACCCCAAGGUAACAGGAUGUAACCCUCUCUCUCAUUACUCUAGGUUCGCGAUAUUGCUCAAGACGUUCAUAGUCAGCUUGGAGAUGUUGAUGAGGUACAACAAUUCAUGUAAUGACUGUAAUACAGUUCGUACUGUUUGGGAGUUGCUCAGUAUGUUCUGAGGCUCCUUUUAUAUAGAGAAAACCUGUCCCGGGUACAAGGGUCACACUCCAAGCCGAGUCAAUUGUUGCGAACAUUUACAUGCGAAAAACGUUGACCCCUUUGACGGAUCAACAGCCCUCGCGCAUGCUCUGAUUGUCUUGCCUUGACUGAGUUGACUCGGCUGGGCGAGCAAAAACGUUUAUGUGGAGUUGGCCUGGCUAGGAGGUAGACCCCAUCACCACAAAGUAGACACUGUUUUAAUGGUGUCACGUAAAUAAUUUUUUUUCGGUCUGAGAACGUAUCGGAAACAGGUUAUGCAAUGCCUUCCCGUUUCUCCAUGGUCAAUGUUUUUUCCAAAACAGCGCCCAUAAAGUGGAAAACAACAAUAUAUAUAUAGCUACGUCACGAAAUGGCAAUAAUGACAAAAAACCAAUGCGCGAAACAUUAACAUACGAGAUUAACGAUGCAAGUCUUAACUCCACCACAGUAACCUUGUUCGAAAUUUCUCAGAGAAAUCAAACUCAGUCAUUCUGUAUUCCCUUUCAGGAGAUUGAAGUUGAAGACAGAACUCAUUUUGCAAUCGUUAAUCCAAGAACUGCGGCGCCAACCGUAGCAGUAAGUCCAGUCCAGUAUAUUUUUCUAAUUCAGCAAUCCUGUUGCCAUGGAGUUGCCUUGUUGAAUUGUCGUUCGAGGUAUCGAAUAGGUCAGUGGUUGUCGUGCGGUUAUGGCGGCCCUUCAGCGGCUCCGCCAAUUUUUGUAGUUUUUGCUAUAGUUUUCAUCUUAUUUUUUUUCUUUUUCGCUCGUUUGUGUUGACAUGGUACAGCUUUAACCUAAAGUUAUCUGGUACCGUUUUGUUUUGUUUUGUUCUAUUUUAUUUCUAUCAAUUAAUAAACUGAAUUAAUUAAUUUUUCUUUGUCAUUAUUUAUUUUUUGUAUUAUUCCGAAUUUAAGUCAUUUUCGUCUUUCUCUUUCGUGUGUCUAAACCCUAUAGAAUGUAAUCUAAUUAUUGUUACUACUCAGCUCGUUUAGUUUUUUGCUAUUCUGGGUAAUUUUUUUGCCCGAUUUACUUUGAUUUAUUCUGUUUUUUUGGAAACGUUUUUAAGUUGGCAAAUAAAAUGGUUGGUUGUUGUCAAACAAUGAAGCGAAACCAACUUUCACUUGCGUACUUCUCUUCCUUGUUUGAAAUGGAAAGAGUUUAUCACUUAGUAUUUUGAAAAAAUAACCCUUGGAGCGUGAUAAUAAAUCAACACUUGUGCUAAUGGUCAACUUUAAAAUUUGCAUAGCUACUACUGGUGAAUCAGAUUGAGAAAAUUGUGGAUGAAAUGGAAUGGGCACUAGUAAAGGUCAAAGGUGACACCAUAUCAACCGUAACGGAUACAACAGGUGAGAUGGGAAGAGCACACGUGUUACCCGUAACUCUUCCUAAUAUAAGGGCCUGUUUACCUGGAGUUGGGGUCCCCAGGUAGGUAAGGUAACCCUCUUAGGUGGGGUAACCCGCCCGUCCAUAUAAUCUAUUAUGUGGUUACUCCACCUAGCAGGUUACCUCACCUACCUGGGGUCCGCAACCUCCAUGUAAACAGCCCUAAGAGUAAGGGCAAAUAUUCACCCAAAAAGCACUGUACCGUCCCAGCAACAAUGCGGCGCGUUUUGACUUUUUUUUUUUAACGGUGGUGAUAUGACCUAUUGAAAAGGGAUUUAGCUUUUUAAAAUUAACUUUCUUUGCGUCCUUAUGCUGUCUUGAAGGAUUAACUAAGCGCUAGGCGUUGUCCCUUUCGUAAACGUUCGUUGCCAUUUUUAAGACACAUAACUGAUUUUUCACCCGGUAAUGAGAGUGUUCCUAUAAAAAAGAAAGAAAAUCACAACCCGGGGUCGAACCCAGAACGUUAACAUGGGUUAAUAUUUUUUAGAGGACAAGGUUCCAAGUUCCCCUGAAAGCUGUCCACGUGGUGUCCUAGGGCAAGCUAUUUGCCACCGUCUCUGCACGGUUGUUGCUGCUCUUCAUGAGCUGUCUCAGUCCGCUCUUCCAGACGGUCCGUGUACAGAAGGCGCGCUCAAGGUAAGUGCGAGUUCUGCACGUGUGACAUACGAAUUUCUAGUGGCCUUUUUUUCCUGGUAACUAUGGCCGUGCUUUCCCGUUGAAAAUACUCUACUUAAAACAAGAGCUGUCUAUUCCAGCAGGGUUCGUACAUAUCAUACAAAACUUGGAAAGUCUUGGAAUUUAAGAGUUUCAUUUUGUAGGCCUGGAAAGUCAUGAAAUUUAAUUGUCGGUCCUUCAAAGUCAUGGAAAAUUACAGUUUUUUUGUGGUAGAUUAGCUACUUCACAUGACUGGAGGAGACAAUGUAAGAUAAAGAGUAGGGAUUAGACAGUGCGAACAGCACGCAUUUUUGUGGACGCCAGAGUUUGUAUCCGUUGAACUGUUAAAAGUCAAAAAAUACUCUAAAGCAACAAACAACUUUUUGAAAGUGACAGCCAAUCUUAAGGUCAUGGAAAACUUGAAAAGGUCAUUGAAAAAGUCAUAAAAAGUCAUGGGAAUUGAAGAGCUCAAAAGAAUAUAAAUUCUGUUAAAACAAAAGCUGUCUACUCCGGGUGUAAUUUCAUUUGCCAUUUACGGAAAAGUUGUUAUUUUAAUAGUAGUAAAAGAGAUCACUUCUGGCACUUGGUGUUUUUUAGUCACGUGGUACUAAAUCCGGCCCUCUGUUUGGCUGGCGUCGGAAGUGGCCUGUUUUACUACUGUAGUUUGUCAAAAGACGUUUUUCCAUUAUUUUGUCCUCUUCGUUACUGCGGAAAGGAUUUAGUUUAGUGGUUUUUUUUGUAGGUCCUGACAAAAGUGUAUAAUACCCUUGGUGCUCUUGCAAAAUAUGUAAGUGAAAAUUAAUCACAUUUCUUAAUUACACCUUAAUUCUGAAGUUCCAAAUAACGUUGGCUUAGUCAAUAACAGUUGGGCUUUUUCAUUCUAAUUAUUAUAUCUUAAGAAACAGAUGUGUAAAUUGUGACUGGACUGGUAAAAUUUCUUUGUUUCCUUUUGUAAUAAUUCUUUCGGUUGUCGUUUUCAUUUUUUAGCACUAAUGAUAACUUCUUGAGUUUUUAAUACAUUUUUAGUUGAAACACCUAGUAAGAGGUCGACAAGUAAAAAUCUUUGCUUAUUUUGCUACGUUGUUUGUUUUGAUUCCUUGGCGCAAUGUUAUUUGUUUGUGUUGCAGUAUUUGUCCCUAUACAGUCAAAGACUUGGCUAUCUUCCAGCAAAGUUUGAGAAACUGGUAAGUGACUGUACAUUGCAAUCUGUUGAACGAAUGGGAACUUGUAUCAAAGACGUGUAGUGGAUGUAAAGAACGAGAAAAUGCUUUUAAUUGUUUUUUUAUUUACCUUUGUUCAGUUUUAAAAGUGACUUUACGUGGGAACAUAGUUAUUAGAGGAGACUGGUUAUGAAAAGCGGCAAACAUCAAUGAUAAAAACAACAGUGCUGCAGUUUAUGUUGGAAGCACCCUGAAAGUGCACAAUCCUUUGUUUUCUGUUGGCAAAUUGUUACGGAAUAUAUUAAUGCAACGUUUUUAUUGGUCAAUACAAACAAAAUGAUAGGAAUUCUUUUGAACGUUGUGCACUUUCAGGUCCACAAAAACAUAUAACAAAGGAGUCUGACGGGUUUCAUAACCAUUCCACUCAAUUAACUAUGGUGGGAACGUACAUAGCGUUCGAAGAGGUCGGACGUGCCUGGAGCAGCUCCCCAAGUUUUCCAGUAAUUUAUUAACCUGCGAACUAGUCUCUUGUGUGUUGUAUUUGCAAAUAUGUUUCUAAUAAAGUUAAGUUGAGUGGAGUUGGGGAACCCAGAACCAAUGCAAUGCCUUUUGAUAUUAGCUUGAAAACUUCUCGAUUUUAAAAGGAGUAAUAAAACGGGCAAUGUUAGAUUACUUUAGUCGGGAGGUGAUCCCGACAUACCUGGUGUUAAGACACCAUAAACGUACGAUGCACGUUCGAAACUGCUUAUACAUACAAACGCUGAAACUUUAUUGGACCAAAAUAACGCUAGGGCAAAAGUAGAACGAGAGGUUUUGUGAAAGUUUCCGAUUCGUAGACAUGCGAGGCCAUUUUUUAGACACUUUGAAAAUUUUUGAACUGUUAUUGUCAAACUCAUUAAUUAUUCAUUCAGUCAAAAGCCAAUAAAUGACGACCAUUUGGGUCAGGUGGAUGAAUCGUGAUACCUUAUGAAACACCAGAUAAAACAUCACCAGGUUUUCAUCUGAGAUCAGACACUAGCAUUUUAAUGAGAUGUUUAAUUGAUUAACGCAACUCAUGGAAAGAAUGCAAUACCAUAAAAAGUGCCACUGCAUAAUUUUCUAUUGUUUCAUUUGAGAAGACAUGUCAAAAACUCGGGCUUUGUGCGUCAUCGCGGGUUCCAAACACCUCUACAGCCUCAUGCUUUCAUCUGUUUCUUGGUGUUUGGAACCCGUGAUGAAGCACUCGCCCUCGUUUUGGCAUUUUAUUUGAAAGUGUUUCCUGAAAAGAAAGAAAUUCACAUCCCAGAUUCAAACCAGAUCCUUUCGACAAGGCAAUCUCUUUCCUUGCCUAGUCCCCGUACGGCGUUUUCCCUGGCCUUCUCGGUCAAUUCACUUGGUGUGGUAUCCGAGACGAACGGACGAGACACAUCUUCUUCGCUUGAACCACGUGACCCGAAACGCUUUGGCCGCGCGGAAUAAUGAGGCCUAGGGACCAGGCAAUCUCUUUCCUUACCUCUACACUUCCGCACCGAACCCCCAUGAUUCCGAAACGUAAGACUGAGGUUGAGUCGUUCACUGUACUGUAAACAAAAAAGGAAAACGUAAACGACUCCAAGGACGCUACAUUAAGUGAUAGUUGGGUCUUCAUGCUGAAGAGAACAAUGGCAACGAUUGACCAUGCAACUGUUUAGUCGGUUUAAACUUCAUGUAUCUCAAACGCUGAACAACUCUAAUGAAAAUCAGAUCAGGUAAAAAUUCCAUGAGUGUGCAAAAGUAGACGAGAUUGCAUGAAAAUUCAGGCCAAAGGAGAAAAGAUUUCUUGGUCCCAACUUUAUUUUUGAGGAUCUCUUAACUCUAAACAAAUAAUUUUAUCAUAAAUGAGUAUUACAUAGCACUUGUCUCAGAUUUAUUUGCUCCGCAGGUAAAAAUGACCGGCACUCACUUGUCCCAGCAAGUCUACGCCCUUCUCACGUACAUUCAGGCAGCUCAAACUCAGAGCCUUAUGGAACAAAGUACCACUGCUAAGAACAAGGCUAAAGACAGGAAAAAGACAGCCAAGGGACAAAAUCUGUCUGGAAAGGUAGACUUGUUUUUACUUUUUGUCGCCAACUAUUAAUUACACAAUGGCUACGUCUUCAUAAUGAAGAACAUCGACUAAAUGCAAGGGGGUGUAGCCAGGACUUUUCAAAGGCGGGUUCUCACUGCCGGCUAAAAGCAGUAACGCGAUUAAACAUGACGUUUUGGCGAUGACAACAUUAGUUAUUUCAUUUCUCUUUCAACCCUCUAAGUUAAAGUCUUUGCUUGGUUGGCAUUUUUCAACCAACUCUUUUAGUUUAAGGAGACUUUUUUAAAAAUCAAGUCGCUAGCUCCUAGAUUUUAGGCGCUACCUCUCUACAACGGCCACCUCUCUACAGCGGCCACCUCUCUACAGCGGUCACCUCUCUACAACGGCCACCUCUCUACAACGACCACCUCUCUACAACGGCCACCUCUCUACAGCGGCCACCUCUCUACAACGGCCACCUCUCUACAGCGGCCACCUCUCUACAACGGCCACCUCUCUACAGCGGCCACUUUCUUCUGUUCCCAAGGUGGCUUUUGUGGAGAGGCUCAACUGUAUAUCGUUUAUUGUUUCUGUUCAUUUGCAUUUGAUAAUGGAGACAUGUUGUCGCCGAAACGUUAUGUUUUAAUCGCGUUACAUUUUUUACUUAAACAAGGUGCAUUAAAAGGUUCAUAAUUAAAUGUGACUGUUUUUCUUUCUUCAGGCGAAGGUGAUGAAGGAAGUGAAGUCGAUACCAAAUCUGAUUUAUGCAAUUGAACAAUAUGAACGUUACCUGAUACAGUUGUCAAAAAAGUCCAAGGUAAAUUCACAUAAAUUCCUGUGUAUCAGGAGAUUAUUCGUUUUCCUUAACUUAAAAGAAAAUUUUCAUAUUAACUCGGAAGGAUGGGUAACACUAGGGAGCUUAACCAACCACGACGUCGACGGCAACGAGAACGGCAAAAAAGCAAUACGGUUAAAUUAGCAAACAACAACUUUGCACGUGCAUCACGCUUUUUUGUAUAUUUCUUAGCCGUCCUGCAACGUGAAAAUGCCUAAUUUUACGUUUUGUCGAGGAAGGGGACACAAGACAAACACUUUCUUUUUCUUUUCCUGAACUUUGAUACAGUCCUUCAGAAUGCAUCUCCAAAAAUUAAACGAGAUGGAAUAAUCGCGAUAAAGUUUGAGGCAGCGGGACUUCUCUUUAUGAGUGACGUUUUCGUAGCCGUCGCCGUCGUUGUUGCUGAAGCUCCCUACUUUCACUUACUUCCCUAUCUUUUGACCGCCAUUUUGAAUUUUUGAGAUGACCUUUGGUCGUCGCUUAUGCUCAACAACUUGCCACUUUAGAAACGAGAAGGAAACUUCGCAAAAGCUUCUAGAGACUGUUACUAGGGACGGGGAAAAAUCGGCCAAAAGCUGACCCGGCGCGUCUCCAGAAACAAUUGCGGGACGCAUUUCGUACGCAUUGUCAUGGGAUGACAACCGAGCCACUUUGAAUUUUUCAAGUCACCAUCUCCCGCCUUCCUCAGCUCCAAAUCCUCCCACAAGAACAUUUGGCGUGUUUUUAUUUCUUUUGCCAUUGAGUCGAAAAUAUCAGCCAUAUGAUGAUAUAAUGUACUUCACAGAUCAACUUAAUGGAACACUUCAAACGUAGCACAGCAAGAGAUUUUCGCAUUAAUGGUGCCACAUUAGAAGCUGCCCUGAGAGAAGAGUCCAGUGAUGAAGAGGAAGAUGAUGAACUUAACGCCGAUGAACAAGAUGAGGUAAGUUUAAACCAACGAAUUCUCGCCAUUAUAAUUACCAGACGAGAGAAACGCUGGGUCGAGUUACCUUUCCCAAAGACUUCUGGGACUGGGGAAAAAUUAGCCAAUAGAUCAGCUGACCUGCGCGUCUCCAGUAACGAUCACCGGUCCCCUUACCGCUUCUCAAGUGGACGUGUUUGUGAGUUAUGUCUGGCCGAGUGAUUUGGGCGCUGGGUCAUAACGCUUUUACCACAGAUGGUGUCAUUAGAAAGCGAACACUGGCGUUGGGCAUCGAUAUGAACUUAUGUCCUCGUUAACUCUGACUUGAUGCUUCUGAGCUUACUACAGAGAGACAGACAUUUUAUUUCAGCAGGGAGUUUCUUCAAUUUUUCUGUGAUUAAAUUAAACUACCAUCUUCUUGGCGAGGCUUGGUACAAAUUAUAAAAAUUAUUGAAAUCCUUGUACUACUAUAAGAACUUAGUGACUCAAAUAAACUAGCCAACUGCCGUAUGGUUGAAAAUCUUUCUCAUAUUCAGCCAGUCGAGAAGACAUCGAGUGUAAAUCAGUUUUAGUAGAGGGAACUGCCUACCUUGAUCCCCUGCAAAACACUGUUUUGUGAUCACGUUGGUUAUUUGUUGUGUAAAUAAAAGGUUUUUCUCUUUACAUUUGUCAAUCAAACUGUUCAUAAAGAAAACAUGCUUGCAAUAUCUUCUUGUAUUAUUAGUACCAGACUGAAUUAACCAAACAUCUCAUGGAGCCAUUGGUCUCCGUCUGGACAAUGUUCUGUGCGGCCGUUUUAAAUGAGAACUCUUCACCACUUUGAAACUCCACCAAGAAACCUUCAGUUUUCAGUUUUCAAUUUGACGAAUAUUUCAGAGAAUAAAAGUUAGAAUUGUUCUCGAAUUUUGAUUUGGAGAACUAUCUACUUCUAAUUCACAGAACAAGUCUCAAGAGGAAGAAAGCAAAGAGCCCCCGGCGAAAAAGGGAAAACUCAUGGAAACAAACAAAAAAACAAGCAAGCUUAGUUUAAAGCAAAAAUCUUCAAAACAGCCACUGUCUCAAGGAAACAAGUAGACAGACCUGCGGGUCUUGCUGUUGUGUUCAGCAUUACGAUGCCAAUAGAGUCAGAGUAGAAUCCCUUUCAUGCAAAUUACGGAAAAUUUUUCAGCCUUAUUAGAGUUUUAAGCCUUUCCGGCGCGAUGAUUCUUUUAGUCAAAUACAGUAAAAACCCACGACUAUGCACCCGCGUUUUCCCAAGUUAGCCCAAACAGGUUCUUGCAUAUUUAGGUUCUUAAAUACGUUCUCAUUUUGAGACGAAAAAAUACAUUGUAGCUCUAAAAGUAUUUAAUGGUAUUCAGCUCUUUCCUAAUGUAAAACCUGCAUACCAUUACAUUGCAGCCCUCUUGUCCAAAGAGGACCCUGAAUGUUGACUAACCUUACUUGCCCAAGU